CCCUUUACUCCAAUUGCUGGUCCGACACUUCUCUGUGUUUUUCUUCUUCUUUUUCCUAGCAAAAUUCUAUAAAUUAACAGGUUCUCUGUCUGUUUCCUUACAAAAGAAGAUCUCGCUUCACUUCGAGCGAUCUUCCUUCUCCUACGAAAAAAAAAACAACAGAAGAAACAGUUCUCCUUCUCGAUGGCCGAAGCAGAAACUGCAAAACGCGUGGUGAUAGCGAAGCCGUAUUCGUUGGGAGAUGAAAAAGACUCUGAAUACACGGCUCCUAACUUCCUCCGUCGGAUUCUAAGCCUCUUCAAGAACGUACGCCCCGGCUCCGACCUCUCUCACUUUCAGGUGAAGAUGCCACCUCCUUUGAAUCUACCAAAGUCGCAGCUCCAAUGUUACGGGGAGUUAGUGUACAGCUUCGGCGGCCAAGAUUUGCUGGGCAUGUGUAACCACGGAGAUAGACCGAUCCAACGGCUGAAACGCGUGCUGACGUGGAACAUCUCCACCAUCCGACCGUUGAUCUUCGGCAUGGCUCCUUACAACCCUCUCCUCGGCGAAACUCACCACGUCUCCCAUGCACAUAUCCACGUCAUCCUCGAGCAAGUGUCGCAUCAUCCACCGGUAUCUGCACUCCACGCUUUUCACGAGAAAGAGAACAUUGAAAUGAUUUGGUGUCAAUACGUUAACCCAAAAUUUCGUGGAGCCUAUGUGGAGGCUGAGGUGAAGGGUAAAAGGACAAUGAAGCUGUUGAAUAGAGGAGAGACUUACGAGAUGAGCAGUCCAAAGCCUCUUAUGAGAAUCCUGCCUGUGCCUGGUGCUUACUGGACCGGACACACCCACGUCAAGUGCUCCGAGACCGGUCUCGAGGCUCAGUUACAUUUUCCGACCGAUUCCUUCUUCGGGUUUAGAGGAAACAAUCGAUCCAUUAAGGGCAAAAUCUUCGAAUCUCGUUCCGGGAAAACACUGUACGAGGUUUACGGCUACUGGGACAAGACGGUGAAGGCAAGGGAUAUGAAAACAGGAGAGGAGGAGGUCAUAUACAAUGCCAAGGAUAACAUCUCAGCAAUCGCAACUCCCAUCGUCCAGAACUUAAAGGAGGUGAAGGAGAGCGAGUCGACAUUGGUGUGGAGCAAAGUGAGCGAGGCGAUAAUGGCGAAGGACUGGGAGAGAGCAGUGGUCGCGAAGAGGGCCGUGGAGGAUAGACAGAGGGAGUCCGCGAGGGAAAGAGAGGCAUCGGCCAAGACCUGGACUCCUCAGCACUUCUCGGUGAGCUGUAACGGCAACGAUUGGGAUUGCUCCCCUCUCGACACCACCGUCCCUCCGGCUCCCAUCGUCCUGACCUGACUCACCAGGCAAAUGGCUCAUGUACACAAAAUUCACGCAAUAUCGUGCAUGCGUAUAUCUGUGGCUUAUCAUUUUAAACAGGGGCGGGCAAAGUUACCCGUAUCCACGGAUAACCAACUUGCAGAAUCCGAUUUUAGAACA